AUGAAGUUCACUGCCGUUACUGCUUUCGCGACUCUCGCCGCCUUCGCCUACGCCCAGGACCAGGCCGGUGCUAGCGGCGCCGACGCUGGUGGUGCCGCUCCCUCUGCUGGCGCUGAGGGCGGCGCCGGUGCUGGUGGUGACUCUGGCGCUGGUGCUGGUGCCGGUGCUGGUGCUGGCGGCGCUGAGGGUGGUGCCGCUGGCGCCUCUCCCUCUGCCGGUGCUGAGGGUGCCGCCGGCACCGACUCUGCUGCCGGCGCUGGUGCCUCUGGUGCCACUGGCGCUGAGGGCUCCCAGGCCGGCGCUGACGGUGCCCAGGGCGGCGCCGCUCCCUCUGGCUCUGAGGGUGCCGCCGGCGCUUCUGGCUCUGAGGGCGCUGCUGGUGCCUCUGGUGCUGAGGCCGGUGCUGGUGGUGCCAGCGCCACCUCUGGCGGUGCUGCCGGUGCCUCUGACACUGGCGCCGCUGGUGCUUCUGGCUCUGGCGCUCCUGGUGCCGGUGGUGCUGCUGGUGGUGCUUCCUCCUCUGGCGCUGGUGGUGCCGCCGGUGCUGCCCCCACCUCUGGCGGCAACGCCGCCUCGUCUGGCGCUGGCGGUGCUGGCUCCUCUGGCGCUGCCACCUCUGGCGGCAACGCCCUCUCCUCCGGCUCCUCCAAGGUCGGCAGCGCCACCGGUGCCGCUGGCUCCAAGACCUCUGGCGCUGCUGGCUCUGCCUCCUCGGCCGCUGGCUCUGGCGCCUCCGCCAUCGCCGUCUCGGGCGCCUCGGUCGCCGCUGCCGUCAUCGCCGCGGUCGGUAUCUCCGCCUUCUAA